UUCUGCAACAAGAUGGCUGUCGCUCCCGAGAGCAGAGUCCUCACUUUCAGCGUUUUUAAAUGGAGCUCUUACUCGUCUACAUAUUUACCUGAGAAUAUCUUGGUGGAUAAACCUAACGAUCAGUCCUCCAGGUGGUCUUCUGAGAGCAACUAUCCUCCACAGUUUUUAAUCUUAAAAUUGGAAAGGCCAGCAAUUGUUCAGAGCAUCACCUUUGGGAAAUAUGAGAAGACUCAUGUGUGCAACUUGAAGAAGUUCAAAGUGUUUGGUGGGAUGAGUGAAGAAAACAUGACUGAGCUUCUGUCCAGUGGCCUUAAGAAUGACUACAACAAGGAAACGUUCACCUUAAAGCACAAGAUCGACGAGCAGAUGUUCCCCUGCAGAUUUGUGAAAAUAGUGCCUCUGAUGUCUUGGGGUCCGAGUUUCAACUUCAGCAUCUGGUACAUUGAGCUGCAUGGAAUUGAAGACCCAGAUGUGGUGCAGCCCUGCCUUAACUGGUAUAGCAAGUACCGAGAACAGGAAGCCAUCCGCCUUUGCCUCAAGCACUUCCGACAGCAUAACUACACAGAGGCCUUCGAGUCGCUGCAGAAGAAGACUCGAAUAGCUCUGGAGCACCCCAUGCUAACCCACCUGCACGACCGACUGGUGCUGCAAGGAGACUUUGAUGCCUGUGAGGAGCUGAUAGACAAAGCUGUGAGAGAUGGCUUGUUUAACCAGUAUAUCAGCCAGCAGGAGUACAAGCCCAGGUGGAGUCAGAUCAUCCCCAAAUGCAACAAAGGUACAAGCGCCCAAGAAAUCAACCGAGACGACAUGAACAGUGACGGUGACGACAACAGGCCGGGGAUGAGGGGAGGACAUCAAAUGGUCAUUGACGUCCAAACUGAGACGGUGUACCUGUUUGGAGGCUGGGAUGGGACACAGGAUUUGGCAGACUUCUGGGCUUACAGUGUGCAGGAGAACCAGUGGGCCUGCAUCUCCAGAGACACAGAGAAAGAGAGUGGUCCGAGUGCUCGCUCAUGCCACAAGAUGUGCAUUGACUCACAGCGGCGACAGAUCUACACGCUGGGCCGAUACCUGGACUCCAGUGUCAGGAACAGCAAGUCGCUGAAGAGCGAUUUUUACCGCUAUGACAUCGACGCCAACACCUGGACGCUACUCAGCGAGGAUACGUCGGCUGACGGAGGGCCAAAGUUGGUGUUUGACCACCAGAUGUGCAUGGACUCUGAGAAGCACAUGAUCUACACGUUUGGGGGUCGGAUCCUGACGUGUAAUGGAAGCGUGGAUGACAGCCGGACGUCGGAGCCGCAGUUUAGCGGCCUGUACGCCUACCACUGCCAACUGGGGACGUGGAGCCUCCUGCGGGAGGACUCGUGCAACGCUGGCCCAGAGGAUGUUCAGUCCCGUAUCGGGCACUGCAUGCUCUUCCACACUAGGAACCGCUGCCUCUACGUGUUUGGUGGUCAGAGGUCAAAGACGUACCUUAAUGAUUUCUUCAGUUACGAUGUGGACGGAGAUCACGUAGAAAUCAUAUCUGAUGGCACCAAGAAAGACUCUGGGAUGGUGCCAAUGACGGGCUUCACCCAGAGAGCCACCAUCGACCCUGAACUCAACGAGAUCCAUGUCCUGUCCGGCCUCAGUAAAGACAAGGACAAACGCGAGGAAAAUGUGCGCAACUCCUUCUGGAUCUACGACAUCGCCCGCAACAACUGGUCUUGUGUGUAUAAGAAUGAUCAGGCGGUGAAAGAAAACCCAAGCAAGGCUCUGCAGGAGGAGGAGCCGUGUCCACGCUUUGCUCACCAGCUGGUCUACGAUGAGAUGCACAAAGUGCAUUACUUGUUUGGGGGAAACCCCGGGAAGUCUUGUUCUCCUAAGAUGCGCCUGGAUGACUUUUGGUCCCUCAAACUGUGUCGGCCCUCCAAGGAAUACCUGCUCCGCCACUGCAGAUACCUCAUCAGAAAAUACAGGUUUGAAGAAAAAGCCCAGUCAGAGCCACUGAGUGCACUGAAGUAUCUGCAGAAUGACCUGUCUCUCACUGUAGACCACACAGACCCAGAUGAGACCAAAGAGUUCCAGCUGCUGCCCUCGGCGCUCUUCAAGUCCAGCUCUGACUUCAUCCCUCUUGGUUUCUCAGACAUAGACCAGACGUACGCUCAGCGGACACAGCUCUUCGAUACGCUCGUCAACUUCUUCCCAGACAGCAUGACUCCACCUAAGGGCAACUUGGUAGACCUUAUUACGCUCUAGCCCCUCCCAGCCUGCCGCUCACCACACUGCACUGACUGAACGCCCACCCGCACACACCGUGUGGAGACAGAGACCAGUUAUUUUUCUAUUCUGGAACGCCCCCUGCUGGUGGGAUUACACUUCAUCCACCUCCACCCCACUGAUCUGCUGCUAUCACAGGCUGCAUUACCAUGACGAUGAGGGCAGCAAACACACACACUGCUGUCCUUGUUGAAUACGUGAAAUUUCUACAACAGCCUGUGUGUGUGCGUGUGCGUGUGCGUGCGUGCGUGCGUGUGUGUGUGUGCGCGUGCGCGUGCUUUUUUUCCUUUUGUUGUCUUGCUGAUGAAGAUUGCAGGAGCAUGCCAAGCCCAGUGCAUCACUUGUUUUGGGUUUUUUUUGUUUUUGUUGAAGCUAAACAAAAAAAAUUUGCACAUUUGUUUGCAGUCUUUUCUUGCUGACUCUUCCUCUGUGCAUUCAGAAUCAACCACACAUGUCCAUUCACAUGUUUACAUCAAACAUCUGAGGCCAGUUGUUAAAAAGUUAAAUUGUGUUGUUUUUUUGUUGUUUCUCCUAUAAAACCACAUGUCAACUUUUAAUGAUUUGGUAAGCUGGCUUUCCUGCAGCACCCGCCCCUUUCUAUGAGCGUGACGGCCGCACAGGCUGAAAAAAGUCAGCAGUUUUAAGCAUCGUAGGAACAAUAGAGGAAUGAUUCUAUGAGAUAAAGUUUAAUAUAUAUAUUAAGUAUACAUAUAUAUAUGUAUAUUGGUUUUGGUUGCUAUCCCUGUAGAACUGGCUGAUAACAGUGAAAUUAUUGGACUGUCAUUUAAUUCUGAGUGGAUGUACAGAAUAUGUAAAUAUACAUAUAGGAAUUUGCUCCAAGUGUCCUGGACUUGUGUCAGGUCAUGCUCUUUCUCCCCCCUCCUUAUCAAAAAACAAAAAAACAUCAGGGUCCAGUAACUCUGUGGCUCUACAUUUAGCACUUACUUAUUAAGGACAGUUUAAACGAGACGUGUGAGUGAGGUGCUGGUGCCAGUUAUCCAGUUUGAUCUUUGCAGAGUAGCUAAAGGUGUUUUCAGUUUGGCAGCAUGUUUUUUCAAUGGGAUGAUGUAGUGGAUGAAACUCUGGUCUUAUUAUCAGUCAGCCCCUUCAUCAUAUACAAUCAUGGAGCAUCCAGCUUGUAAUCUGUGUUGAAUAUAAAAGUCUGGGUUAUCAACUUUUCUGUACUGAUAAUAAUUAGUGCUGUCAGCGUUAAUCUUAUUAAAAUUCCUGAAUUAACGCGGCAAAUCUCCGUUGGCGAGUUGGCGUGGGGCUGCACGGCACUAACCCGUUGGCGCCGUGCAGCCCCACGCACGGGGCGAUCCGCGUUAACUCGCUAACGGAGAUUUGCUGCUUCAACACGGUUAUGGCAUUAACGAGAUUUUUAACGGGAUUAACGCUCACAGCACUAAUAAUAACUGAACUGGGCUACAGUUAUGAUUUUCAUGACUAAUCUCAUCGUGUAACCAAUCAGCCGCUGGCUCAGCCCAAGAAAAUGGAGAGCAACUUAAAAAAAAGAAGCACAAACCGGUAUCGCUAAUUAAUCUUCUGUUGAUUGAAUUCCUGUGAUUGACCUGGAUGUGCUGCAGUUAUUAACUGUUUGUUGAGAAACUCAUCGGGCACACGACAGCUAGAAACGAUCCCAUUCAGCACCCUGUUCUUUAGGGCCUUCAUAACUUCUCUUUCAGGUUCCAGUAGAGUCUGUGACAUAAAUGCUGAUUGGUCAGGUGGCAAAAUAAUGUUUACCUGCUGGGGUCAACUUUCCCACCUUUUAAACUCCUUUGUUGUCAUGAACACACACAAUCUUCCUGAUCAUCGGCUGCUGUGGUUUUAGGUGCUGCUGUACCUCCUGAUCACACAUCAGCUCUUUGUGUGUGCAUCCAAACACAGAAAGAGAUCCUGAAGCUUUGGGAGCUUCUCAUUGUGCGAUUACCCUCGCUGAGGACAAACAGGCGCAUCUUCAGAUCAUGGAGACAUUUCCAGUUUGUAAAAGUUGAUCCUCAGCUGCUUCAGCUUAUUUUUAUUAUACACCUGAGACUUUCCUAUCAACCAUGUUUAACACACAGACCUGAUUGUAACCUCACAUAAGGAAGGAAAACCUUGAGCUGGGAAGUUUGGAUAAAAUGCUUUUGGAGGAUGUUGAAGGUCAGGUUAGCUGGAUAUGUGUAGCAGUGCUGAAAUGGAUUGUAGUAGUUUGGCGGUGGUAGCUGCAGUUUCUCUGUCACCUGCUUACUCUGAGGGAUCCGUGUUUCAUGCAGGUGCUUACUCCCCACUAGCUUUCCUGUUUGCCGUCUUCCCUGACUGAGUCAGACUCUCACUGAUUGUAUUUCACAGGAAACUUGUUCACUUAUAUUUCUUCCAAUGCUUUGUUUCUGAUAACUGUGAUGCAUUAGAACACUACAGACGCAGUCAGCCCGACACAGCUGCUGGGACUCUUGGGCACCGUUCGUCCAGUGUGUGCUAUACUUGAACAGACCUCUUCCUGGGAGAUUCAAAGAACAUUCAGCACAGUUUAACGACAGAGUGGAUUCUUUUACAGUCGUGUAACAACAGGCCAAAUUUAUGUUUCACACUCUUUUCCUCAUAGUUUGAAUCAAAGAUGCCAACUGAAUCAAUUUCAUUCAUUGGACACAUGAAUUAUAGAUAAUGCUCUUAUUUUGAAAUUAAAGAACCUUAAGAACUUUUUUGUUUGUUUUUAUUUUUUUUAUAAACUUCCAUAAUUGAAUUUUCUGAGCUGUGGUGUUAGUGUUGCAGACCUGUUAGUCAGCUGAUGCAUCAGAAAUCCACGGCCGUGUUCUUGCUUCCUCUUUAUGCUUCAAACUUACAAAGACCUGGAUUUGUCAUCACCUGCUCGAUUUCUUUUGUAGCUCCAAAAUGUGUUUUAAAAUAUGAACAAAUCAAAUUCAUUCCUAAAAGGAGAGUAGUGAGUAAAAUUAUAGCACACUCGACCACCACCUGUUUUUGCCCCAUAAAGUUCCCGACCUCCAAACAGCGUGAUGAUAACAUGAGCUGCAUCUAACUGCUUCCAUUGAGUUCCUGCUGCUAUGACGAUGUUACUGUCAGUAAACAGUAAUAUUUUCUGCAGUGUAUCUUUGGCUCAGAGCAUCGAUACCACACUAUAUCUGUGCACUACAUUUGACAUGUUGAUAGAGUGAUACACUAACAGGAAGCUAGCUUCACUUAGCAGCAACACUGUUACAAGCUUUGUGUAACUGUUAACAUAGUCAGCAUAGUUUUCUGGUUGCCUGGCAACCAUAAUGGUAAGACACUUCAACAAGGUGCAGUAAAUGAAUAAUAUUAAUCUGAGCACAUAGCUUCUGUACAACCAUAAUAAGUGUUUGCCCACAGGAACAUAGCCGCCACGCCACCACACAGAGAUGAGUUUGGAAAUUUAUUUGGAGCAUUAGUGCCACGUCUUUUUUUGUUGUUGUUGUUUUUUUUGGGUGGUGUCAGGACACCUGUCAAGCAGCUAAGCCCCUAACCCACCAGUACACACCUGGGAUGAGCUAUGUUGUCAUGGAGGAGGAAGUGUCCAUAAAGGCCAGAGCUUUUCAGUGCUGUAGAGAUGAACGAUAGCGAGUGUGUGGAGACGGCCUCCAAACAACUACAUGUUAUUGGCAGUUCUUCAUGGACUUGGUGCUUCAGGCCUGAAAGUUGAUGUUUGGUUUUACAGAUUAAACAAAAGAGACAAAGUUUUCAUCAUUUCGUCUUUGAGCGUUUGGACAGACCAGCCGAGCUGCUGCUUCCCUCCACACUUUGUGUCAGCUGUUCUUUAACUAUGUAUGGUUUGUAACAAAUGGCCUACUGUGUGUGUGGUCACGCUAAUGAACAAACAGGUGUGAUCCUUUGAGUUUCUGACAUCAACACACCACCUACAAAUCUCAAUGUGGAAUUUGUAUCCAGUUAUUUCAGCCAAGACUCCUCACUGUUCACCCUUUUAUUCCUUCUAUGGAACCUUUCCCAGGAUGGAGAUGCUCUGUUCCAGAUAGUCAUGUGUGACUAAUCUCUCAGACAGGUAGCAGGGAUCAGCAGAAGUGGCCUAAAUUCACAUACUGAGGAAGUGUAACAGUCUACACUAUUAAAUGUUCUUUUUGUGUGCUAAUGUGUUUCGGACGAGGAGAAAUGUGAAGAACUAAGAAAAUGAUGACAUUUUGAUAACAUGCAGGGCUCACCACACUGGCUGUAGCAUUAGUUUUGUGUUCAGGACUAAUUCAAAGCACCUUUGUAAGAACACACAAUGCCAAAUACGACUUUUCUUUGUGUCUUUCUUUGGGUGGGACUCAGGAGUUUUAAAGCUGGUACUCUAUGAUCAGUGAGCACUACUCUGGAUUACAGUGAAUGUGUAGAAAGCCUUGUAGUAUUGCAUUGUAUGUACUGUAUAUAAUGAAUAAAGAUUGUAU